GGUUCCUUGUUUCACAACUCGGAUCACCACCCUAGACUGUGCCUUGUGUGCCAUGUACCUGCAGAGCCUGCAGAUGUACGUUUUUGGAUUUCAACUCUGGUUAUGUCUUGCAGUGAUUUUUGUAACGCUUUGUAAUUUUUUGAAUAAAGCUGAAGACUGCUUGAAAUGCUGCUGCCAAGCUCUUGCCUGCGCUUCGGUCCACCCCAAAGCCCCACUGUGACACUCACAUGAAGAGUGGUGAGAGUUUUGGGCAGAAACUGACUGGCAUUUGGAACCAUUUUACAAUUUCAUUCACUUUGACAAAGCCCUCGUUCCAUCUGAAGAAAAAGUGCCUGGGUCAUGAUGCUGCCACCACCUUGCUGCCAACUCUGUGGCUACCUUUUGGAAUCGGUCCAAAUGUUCAGACCACUUCAAUUGUACAGGACAAAUGUUACAUUAUGCGUGGAAAGGUUCUGAAAUUAUUUGUCAUGGAAACCUGGCAAUUUAACGGGAAUAUGUACAUUUUGAUAGUGUAGGUGCAAAGGCGGAUGGAUAAUUAAUAGGGCCCCAUAUCCUUUCCUCUUUCUCCACAGCCCACUGUUGACGACUCCCCCUCUCUCCCCCUUUUCUCCCCCUGUCACCCCUCCUUCAUCGCGGAGAGGUGCUAUUGUCUCGUUUCCUGUGGCCGCGCGAGCCCUGUGCGCACAUGUACGCUCGCGCACGCUCUCUCGCGCGCAGCAGUACUGGGCGGUGGGCUGACGCGGUCCGGACGGACGGAGCGAGCGUCAGGAUUAAUGGAGGGACUCACAGCCGCGGGAUUUGUUACAAGUUUAUAAGCUGUUCUUUUCACCCCGGGAAGCCAGCACUCAGACUCGGAGUGUGGCGAGGAAACUCCGAGCGGGCUGGUUUGGAGAGGCUUUUUUUCCCCCCAGUAAAAACAUAGGGCUCCAGAUUUCUGACAGCUGCGCCGCUGCCAGGCUGAAAAACCACUCGGCGACCAGGAGGUGAGCUGUCACCAUCUGCUCAGCUGCUUGAGGACCAGCGAGCCGAACAGCCGUGCAUCCUGACUGACUCUGACUCUGUUUGUGUGUCUGAGGGUCCAUGAUGACAAGGAGGGGGCUUGAGUGGAGGGUCCCCUGCUGACGCCUGAGGUCUCCAGUUUUCCGCUCUGAAUGCCCAUUUCCUGAAGAUUUUUUUUUGUGUCGUGUCUUGUUGCAGUGGAGACCCCCUCUCUAUCUCGUCUAUCAAUAUGGCCAGUCUGGUGAUUAAUGAAACUGGGGUGGAGGAUUGUGGGAUUGACGACUCCUUCAAGUACAACUUGUAUUCCACAGUUUACAGUGUGGUCUUUGUUUCGGGCCUGAUAACCAACUGCGCUGCCCUCUUUGUGUUCUGCUUCCGGAUGAAGAUACAGAACGAAACCACAAUGUUCAUGACUAAUCUAGCAUUUUCUGAUUUAGUCUUCGUUUUUACGCUGCCAUUCAAGGUCUUCUACAACGUGAACCGCAACUGGCCUUUCGGGGAUGGGCUCUGCAAGGUUUCAGGAACGGCCUUCAUCACCAACAUCUACGGCAGCAUGCUCUUUCUCACCUGCAUCAGUGUGGACCGCUUCCUGGCAAUAGUCUACCCGUUCCGCUCGCGCUCCAUCCGUACACGCAGGAACGCAGCUCUGGUGUGCGCUGCCGUGUGGCUGACCAUCGUGGGCGGAGGGAUAUCCGUGACCUUCUUCUCCACCAUCAACAGCCGACACAGAGCCACCACAUGCUUCGAAGGCUUUUCCAAAAACACCUGGAAGACCUAUCUUUCCAAAAUCACCAUCUUUAUAGAGAUCGUGGGUUUUCUUUUCCCCCUUUUGGCUAACCUGGUGUGCUCCUCCUUGGUUCUUCGGACACUGCGCCGCCCGGUCAGUGCUGGUCAUGGCUGUGACAGCAAGAAGCGUGUCCUGCGGAUGAUUGUGGUCCAUCUAAGCAUUUUCAUCAUCUGCUUUGUCCCAUAUAACUUCCUGCUCUUCCUGUACGCCCUGGUGCGAACCCAGGCCCUGGCUAACUGCACUGUGGAACGAUUCGCCCGGACACUUUACCCCAUCACCCUGUGUCUGGCCAGUCUCAACUGCUGCCUGGACCCUGUGGUUUACUAUUUCACCUCAGAGAGCUUUAAAAAGAGCCUGACCAUAGGCAACAAAGGGUCCGGUUCACGUCCUGAGAGCAUUCCUCGCAGCGACUGCGAGGCCCAGGACAUAGCAGUCUCCAGAGACACUCACUCCGUAUCCAGCAAUGGAAAAGAUGCUACAGUAUCUGACAGUCAGCUAUGACUCGCCGCUGUCAGAGUGGGUUUUACCGGAAACCUGAACUUGAACAACAAAGCAAUCAGCUGUUUAAUUGUGGAACUGGAAAACAAAUAGCUCAGCAGAUUAGUUAAGUCCUGAGGUAUGGCCUGGGCUUUAUGGACUAAUCCAGCACUGGAGAGCAGAGGAAUGGAUCUGUGUUUGUAUAACUGCACACACAUCCAUGUAGGAGAUACUGUGAUAGUCCAUAGAAACAAGUAGCCUCUAAAAGAGACCUGGCUUUUACAAACACUUACACAUAAACUGAGCUGUCCAUCAGAUUGAGAUUUUUUUUCACAUUGUUGAAAUAAGCUCUUUAGUGCUUUUGUAAAUAAAUCGUUGUUAUUAGAGUUUGAACUUCCACAGCACAUUAUAUCAUUUAAUGUAGCAACUGUUCAGUGUGGUCAGAUCUGGUGUUACUAUGAAACAGUAUUUUGUUGACCUACUGAAUUAAAUGUGUUGAUGUUCCAUUUCA